AUGGCUAGGCCCAACGAACCGCAGCAUAUAGCAGCCACCCCCACAAGUCCAAUCAACAUCACGCAAGCCGCGUUGGUGCUCUCUCUCGCUGCGUCGGCCGUCGCCGCUUCCAAAGUGUCCGUGCGUGUCGACCAGUUCUUCGAGUCCGGUACUGAAUCCACCCUCAAGGCCAACGUCCUCGUCAAGUUCAACGUGGCCAUUGCGGCCCUGGAGACCGGUGCCAAGGCGUCGACGGCCCCCCGCCAGUACGUGUUCGACUUUUUGAAGGAAGCGGCCGAGAAGAACGAGGCCAAGUUGGCUGGCUUGGUGCCUGCGGACGCCACCGUGACAAGCUUGUUCAUCGGAGGCGCGGCCUCCAUCUCGGGGGUGACCAAGGCCACGUUGGACGCGCUCACGGCGCUCAACGUGGUCACGUACGUCGACUUGAACGCCAACGACUUUUCCCGUCCGGAAGUGUUGCAAGGCUCUGCUUCCACCGAGGAGGACGUGGCGGCCACGAACGAAUGGGGGGUCGACGCCGUGGGGGGCCCGGAGAUCUGGAAUUACACGACGGGCCAAGGCGUCGUGGUCGGCUCGAUCGACACGGGCGCCAUCAACACCCACGAGGCCAUCAAGCACAACUACCGCGCCGAGAACGGCUGGUUUGACCCGUACAACAAGACGUCGGACUCGGACGGCCAUGGAGCGCACACGAUCGGGACCACGGUGGCUCGCACGGCAUCGGUGUGGCCCCCGGCGCCAAGUGGAUUGCGUGCAUGGGUUUGUACAAAAAAUCGGGGACAGGGGAAGCCUUGUUGCAGUGCGCGCAGUUCAUGCUGUGCCCCAGCAAGCCGGACGGCACUGGCGCCGACUGCAAGCAAGGGCCCCCACGUGGUCAACAACAGCUGGGGUGCCGAUGCGGCGUACCAUCCGUGGUUCGAAGCCGCGGUGGCGGCGUGGAAGGCGCCGGGGAUCAUCCCAGUGUUUGCCAACGGCAACUAAGGCCCAAAGUGCGGCACCGUGGGUGUGCCUGGUGGGUACAAGA